UUCCCAAAAUACGGCUUCAUUCUGAAGACCAGGAGCAGGAUGAGGACGAGGAUGAUGAUGAAGAGGAGGAGGAGGAGAUGCUCUAUGAAACAGAAGCAGGAGACAGUGACGAGGAAGAGACUGACUGUUUAUCUGAAGAAGAUUUGGGAAAAGAGGAAGGUGACCGAAAACCAGGUUUCAUUCAGAAAGUCACUGCGUUCCUAACAGGCAUGAAAAUCAUAUUUGAAGCCAUCCUGACAAGUGCUGGAAAGGUGGUAGCAACUCUUCUAUUAGGCUUAGCAGGUAUAAUUUUGCCUUCUGUGACUUCUGCAAUCUACUUUUUCACCUUCCUGGGCCUGUGCUCCUGGUGGGCUUGUCAUCGUCCCAUUACCAUGGUCACCUUCAGCAGUUUGUGUGUGAUGAUGGCUAUCUUCAGUGCAGGUCACCUUGCUGCCCUUUACCUGUACCAGUUGCCAUACUUUCAGGACCUAGUUCCUCCUGAUGACAUUUAUGCCAGGCUCCUGGGGAUGGUGGCGCUCAUCAAGACAAACAGCACAGAAACCUGGAAGCUGCAGAUUCAUUCUGGAUUAAGCUGGCCUAUGUUUUUAAAUCCUCUUUUGCUGCUUGUAUUAUAUUAUUCUCUGGUCAUGUUGCUACAGCAGUGGGCUCUGAGUCCUAAGGAAUGUGAAGAGGGUAUCCAGUCGCCACUGGACGAGCAGAGUAAGUUGGAGCUGGACACCAUGCUCUGGAUGGCAAAGAAUGAGAAGAAAAAGGUGGCUUAUUUUUCAAAUGGAAGCUGGCAGGACAUGCCCCUUUUACAGUGUGAACAUGGCAGGAGCCUCACAGCCAGUGCUGACCCCAGUGAAGGACACAGUGCUCCUGUAUCAGAGGAUAGCACCUGCCCUGAAAACCCAGAUGCUGAUGGGGAUGGGACUAGCAGUAUGGCAGUACUGGGGCAGUUCAUUAUGAAUCAAAGUUAUGUCAGUGCACUGAUUGCCAUGAUGGUUUGGAGCAUCACCCACAACAGCUGGCUGACUUUUGUUCUGCUGAUUUGGUCUUGUAUCAUUUGGAUGGUUCGUGACCGGCGUCGUUAUGCCAUGCGUAGCUCUCCGUUCCUUGCCAUCUAUAGCAAUAUCCUGGUGAUCCUCAAUUUCUUUGUAGGAUUCAAUAUUUCACAUGAAGAACUGUUUCCUGAAAUUCCAACCUCUGUGCUCACUGACUUUGAUUUAAAACCAUACUCUUUGCCAUGUGUGCACCUUGGUAUUAAGAUAUUUUAUGCAUUCACGUUCUGGCUAUUGCUAAGGCAGCAUAUGAUCAAAAGACAUAUGGAGGAGAAGCAAGAAACUCUCACAGAAGUGACAGUGGGUGCAAAUGGAAGGGAAAUCCCGCACAAUCCUCUGCUGGAAAUCUUUGGCUCUCUGAUUAAAGGAAUGCUGGUUAAAUACUGGAUCUAUUUCUGCGCUGCCAUGUUUUUCAUUGUCAGUUUCAAUGGCAAAGUAGUGGUCUACAAAAUUCUGUACAUUAUGCUCUUUUUGUUCUGUGUCGCUUUAUAUCAGGUUCACUAUGAGUGGUGGAGACGAAUUCUGAAGUAUUUUUGGCUCACUGUUGUCUCUUAUUCAAUGGUGGUCCUCAUUGCUGUGUAUGCCUACCAGUUUAAAACCAUUUCUGGGUUCUUACUCUUGACUUUGGGACUAUCAGAGGAGGGGUUAAAUGACCUGGGUCUUGAACAGUAUGACACGGUAGAACUGUUUGCUAAGAUUCUGCUUCCUUCCACUUUUCUACUGGCCUGUAUCCUUCAGCUUCAUUACUUUAGUGAGGAUUUUCUGAAGAUCAUUGACUUGAGUAAUAUUCCCAUCAAGCAUGAAUGUACUUCUGGCAGUAAAAAGAAAACUGAAACUCAGGUGUAUCUCCUGGCCGACAUGCUUAAAGAAAAUAUUUGGAAACUGCAAACCAGGCUGGAAGCCAAUGAACUGCAUGGUGAAAAUCAAACCACCUCGGACAAGACAGAGAAUACAACCGCGUAUGAAACCAUGGGAGAGGCUCAGCAGGAGAAAUCAGUGGGAAAGCCUAAUAAAUGGAACCUGGUGAUCGACAAGUUGGCUUCUCUUCUCCUGCAGCUUUUGGAAAAUUUUCAUAAAACUCAGGUGUUAGCCUGGAGAAUCCUAGAGCUGCACAUCCUUAAAAUUGUCUCCACUUGGGUCAUCUGUAUCACUCUCCAGGAGGUAUCUUUGAUGAAUUACCCUCUCUUUGUCCUUUGGGUGUUUGCCCUGCCCUAUCCCAAGCUCCGGCCUCGUGCAUCAAAGAUCUGCACAGUUUGGUCCUGUGUGAUGGUUAUCUGUAAAAUGAUGUACCAGCUGAAAUUCGUCAGGCCACAUAACUACUCCUCAAACUGUAUGCAGAACAGAAGCUACUAUCAUGACAGCCUGGAUGAGCUGUUGCAGAAAUCAGUGUUGUACAUUGCUCCUGUUGAUCCUGCUGAUUGGUGUGGAGGGUUACGGAAGUGCGGUGACAAUGUUUUACCCUGCCUGAAGAACCAUCUCACCAUCUUGGCAUUAAUGAUAAUAGAAGUGACUGUGCAUCACCACCAGCUCUUCUACCGGACUCAAAACCAGCUGACGCCACCUGUUACAGGGAUCAUUUUUGAUACCAUCACCCGAGAGCACCUGGAUGACGGGUUACUCAGCUGUAUCAAAUACUUUAUCAACUACAGUUUCUACAAGUUUGGACUUGAGGUGUGUCUCAUCGUGGCUGUGAAUGUCAUUAAACAUCGUAUGGAUUUCUAUGCCCUUCUCCACGGCUGCUGGGUCAUCUACUUGCUGCACCGCCGCCGAAGGAAAGCAGUGGCUGAGGUCUGGCCGAGAUACUGCUCUUUCCUUGCCAGUGUCAUGACUUUUCAGUAUUUGCUAUGCAUUGGCCUCCCUCCUGCUUUCUGCAAAGAUUAUCUGUGGAGAACCUCUCGCUGGACAAUCCAUUCCAAUCUGAUUAAGUGGCUCUAUCUGCCUGAUUUUGCCAAGAAACCUGAUGCCAGUUUUCUCCUGUAUGACUUCCUGCUUCUGCUUUUUGCCUCCCUGCAAUGGCAGGUAUUCAAAGAUGAGAAUAAGGCUUGUGUGCGAAUAGAGGCAGGAGAUAAUGUGGAGAUCAGCCGUGAAUUAGAUCCAGCUGCUCUCAGCCAGUACAGCCCUGUGCCAAACUUUAUCCACUGCAGGUCCUAUUUGGAUAUGGCUAAAGUGGUUGUGUUUGGCUAUCACUUCUGGUUUGUGCUCUGCCUGAUUUUUAUCACUGGAACCACUCGAAUCAACAUAUUCUGUCUGGGAUAUCUGAUGGCCUGUUUCUACUUUAUGCUCUUUGGAAGCAGUCUCCUUCUAAAGCCAGUCAAGACUAUUCUCAGAUUGUGGGACUAUUUGAUUCUGUACACUGCCUUAGUUAUAGUGAUGAAGAAUCUUCUGGCUAUUGGAGCAUGUGCCUAUCUUGAUAAGUUACUGAGAAACCAUUGCUGGCUAAUACAGACCUUUGGCAUGUUCUGUACUAUACCGGGGUAUGACUUGGCUCUUCCCGAGGAUGAGAAGUGCGAGCUCCCUGAAAAUGAAGCCGGGAUUGUUUGGGAUGCAAUAAGUUUCACUUUCUUGCUGGUCCAGCGGAGAGUCUUUAUGAGCUAUUACUUCCUCUACGUAGUGGCAGAUCUGAAGGCUGCCAAGAUCUUAGCUUCCAGAGGAGCUGAACUGUUUGAAGUGAAGCUGAAAAAAGUUGUGGCACUCAGAUUGGAGGAAGAGAAAAAAUCAUUGCAAGCCAUGAGAAGACAAAUGGAACUAAUCAAACUGAAGCAGAAGAAAUUUGACAAUUUGAAGCAAAAGACACCAAGCCCAGAAGAAACAGCUGUGGAUCAAUCUGCCAAGGAGCAGCAGCUGCUAGAUCCAGAGGAGGGUGGCAAGAAGGAAAACGAGGACAAGAAGAUAUGGUGGCAACCCUGGGUGACCCACACCUCCAUGAUUCGAGCUGGGAGCUACUACCUCUUUGAGACAGACAGUGAAGAAGAAGAGGAACAAGGGCACACAGAAAAGAAGAAGGAAGAAUCACCAAAGAAGAAAACAGCAUUCCAGCUUGCAUAUGAAGCCUGGAUGUCUAGCUCUAAAUCAGCUCUGAGAACAAGAAAACAAGAUGAAACCAGAGAGCAGAGGAAGAAAGAGGAGCAGGAGCAACUGCGACUGGCAGGAGAGGUAAAGCUGGAAUUCCAUGAAGAGAAAGGGGAGAUAUCAGGCACUGAAGAGAAUCCAGAUGAGUCAGAAAGUAUAAUUGAAAGAAUAAUCAACACAAUCAAGUUUACUUGGGUCUUUGUUCAAGCAUUGCUAGAUGAUACUACAGAGGCACUAAACUCACUCUGUAAAAAUAACCUGGACAUAGCAAAUGUACUGAGAAUUGAAAGGUGCAUGCUAUGGCGAGAAAUUAAUAAGGGAAAAGAAGCCUCACCAGACACAAUUCUCCACUAUUACAACCGGAAGAAGAGUCAGCAAGUGCAAGCAAAUCCUUAUGGAGGAAAUAAAAUGAAAGGCACCCAGGAGGAUCAGCAGAUACCCAGGAGGGGAACCCAGCUACCGCAUGAGAGCAGUAUAUCCAGGACACCUGAUGAAGUUGCUGAGGAAAUUAAUGGAGAUGAGGCAGGAGAGAAGAGGGAAGAUGAAGACAGCAUCAAAGAAGCUGCCCCAGAAAUGACCACUCCAUUUCCUUCCUAUGAAACAAAAGAUUACGCUGUUUCCCCAUCAGCUGAGAGGAGCAAAGAAGCAGGCAGGCCAUUAAAUGAAGUUCCUGCUAUCAUGACUGCCAGUGAGCUACUUCUGAACAGGAUGUUUCAUGACAAUGAACUGGAGCAGUCAGACAAGUUUUACCAGAGUCUGCCUCGAUCCCUGAAGUUGGGCUUUGCUUUGUACAAUGCGAUGGUAUCCAAGUCAGAAAUGCUCUGUUAUUUUGUGAUCAUUCUCAACCACAUGGUCUCUGCCUCAGUCCUCACUUUGGUUCUGCCUAUCCUUAUAUUUCUGUGGGCCAUGUUAUCCAUUCCAAGGCCUACUAAAUUCUUCUGGAUGAUGGCUAUCGUUUAUACAGAGAUAACCGUAGUUGUCAAAUAUUUUGCUCAGUUUGGAUUCUUUCCCUGGACCACUAAGUUAUACUGCGGCAUCAAUGCAGAAGAGCCAUUUGUUCUGCCAAAUAUUGUUGGGAUUGAGAAGAAGGAUGGCUAUGUGCAUUUUGAUCUUGUGCAGCUGUUGGCUUUGUUCUUUCACAGGUCUAUCUUGAAGUGCCAUGGACUAUGGGAUUCCAAAAGUGUCAAUGUGUCUGAUACCAAGAAAAGGAGAUUUUCUAGGAGUCCAAAGAACCAGGAGUCCAGAGGUGAUCUGCAGGAAGAUGAGCCUGGAUUGGGGGCAUGGCACCUUUUCAGACAUCACAAUCCCUCGGGGAGCAUCUUCAGAGGAAGGAAGACAGCCUCCGUUAACAGAGGCAAGACUCAGAAGAAGGAAGCCAGGAAGAAAUGGAAGCUUUUUAGAAAGAAUCCCAUCAACAAGAAGAAACUUCUUAAGCAAAAGAUGAAACAACUGAUAUUGAAAGCAAAGAAGCUGGUGAUUAAAAUUGCCCUUCAAAUCUAUCGACCUAUCAGGCAGUUCUUCUACGACAUUAUUCAUCCAGAGUACAGCCCCGUCUGUGACGUCUAUGCACUGAUGUUCCUGGUUGACGUGAUCAAUUUUAUAAUUGUUAUCUUUGGAUACUGGGCUUUUGGUAAACACUCAGCAGCUGCUGACAUAACUGAAUCUCUGUCAGAAGACCAGGUCCCUGAAGCCUUCCUGGUGAUGCUCCUGAUUCAGUUUGGCACUAUGAUAGUGGACCGAGCCAUUUACUUGAGGAAGACUAUGUUUGGAAAGUGUGUAUUCCAGGUUGUCCUUGUCUUUGGCAUUCACUUCUGGAUGUUCUUCAUCUUGCCAGGAGUUACCGAAAGGAGAUUCAACAGAAACCAUGUGGCUCAGCUUUGGUACUUGGUCAAAUGUGUUUAUUUUGGCCUAUCUGCAUAUCAGAUCAAAUGUGGUUAUCCGAAUCGGGUCCUAGGCAACUUUCUGACAAAGAGUUACAAUUUUGUAAACCUUUUCCUAUUCCAAGGGUUUCGUAUGGUGCCUUUCCUUACCGAGCUGAGAGCUGUCAUGGACUGGGUUUGGACUGACACCACACUGAGUCUUUCCAGCUGGAUCUGUGUGGAGGAUUUAUAUGCAAAUGUUUUCAUUAUGAAAUGCCUGAGAGAGUCUGAGAAGAAAUAUCCUCAGCCUUCUGGCCAGAAGAAGAAAAUGAUUGUGAAGUAUGGAAUAGGAGGCUGUAUUGUCUUUAUAUUGGUCUGCAUCGUGUGGUUCCCACUGCUUCUUAUGUCACUGGUUAAAUCUGUGGCAGGAGUAACCAAUCAGCCCCUGGAUGUCUCAGUUACAAUUACCAUUAGUGGUUAUGAGUCAUUAUUCACCAUGAGCGCUCAGCAGCGGAAUCUGAUCCCUUUCUCUCCAGCAGCAUAUAACGAGCUGGCUAAUCAAUAUGCCCUUCACCCGUCUGCCAUGCAGUUUAUAGUGAACUACAGCCCGGAGGACAUUGUCCUUGCUAAAAUAAAGAGCAAUGCCAGCUUGCUGUGGAGCAUCAGUCCCGCCAGCCGAGAGGCCAUGAUGGACGAGCUCUCCAGUUCAACUGCUGUCUACAUCAACUUUCACUGGACAAUUCUCAGGAAUGCUUCUCUGGUGAAGAAUGUGGAAGCGUCUGGCAAGUACACUGUGCGGUACGAAGAGAAGGAGAUAAGAGAACAAAUUGUUCAAAUGCUAAAUGGGACCAGGAAAGAGCCAAUACUGCUUCCCGGCGUGGUACCAAGAUACCUCAGGGCUACUGCUGGAGCAGAAGCUAGAACUGCACAUCGCUUGCAAGUUGCUCAUUCUGAUAAACCACAGGACGUGGACAAAAUGGCUUUCUUCCGAAACAUAACCAUAAAACUACAGCAGCUGGCCCUCAACUCAUCUUCUGGCCAAGUUACUGAGUGGUGGGUUAUUCAAGAGUGGAAUCCUACCUGCUCUGGUAAUGCUUGCAGCAAGAAUAUGGAGCUUAUCAUCUACAAUGACAAAGUCAGCCCUUCCAGUCUGGGAUUCCUGGCAGGCUAUGGCAUCGUUGGACUCUAUAUGUCUGUUGUCCUGGUCAUUGGGAAGUUUAUCCGAGAGUUCUUCAAUGGCAUCUCUCGUUCAAUAAUGUUUGAAGAGCUGCCCAACGUGGACCGCAUCCUGAAACUCUGCAUGGACAUCUUCCUGGUGAGGGAGAUUGGGGAGUUGGAGCUAGAGGAACAACUCUUUGCCAAACUCAUCUUUUUGUACAGAUCUCCUGAAACUAUGAUCAAGUGGACCAGAGAGUCAAAGAAACAAUGACAGGACAAAGGUCUGUUUAGUGAAGAUCAGGCUUAGAAAGCUAUUGUCAUGGGCUGCCUGAGAAGCAAAAUUUAACAUUCAGGAACGAGAGAUGCUACGAGCGUCUCCUCUCCAUUGGCAUAUUUUCACCUGAAGCUUUUCCACAUGUUCCUCACCAGAACGUAUCACGUUUAGGCAGUUAAGUGUACAUUUCAGGUCAGUGACUUCCCUUUGCUCAGCCAGAGAAGACCUAGCAUUGAUCCCCACGGACUUCAUCCCACAAUCAUGGGUGCAAAAAGCUUGGCCCAAGUCCACCUGAUUUUAUCUGCAAAGCAGCUAGAAACUUCCUCACAGCAGGAAGGGUUCUAAUCAGUCUCUGAGCAACUGCAGCAUGGGCCGUUAAUGGCUGAAAGAUCAAUUACAGGGAGGAAAUGUUAAUAGGGCUAAUUUACAAGAGUCCAGGUUCAAAUGUAAGAUUUUAAAGAAACACUUAAAAGGGUGCUCUGACCUGGGUGAUGAGGCUUCCAGUGCUCAUUGGACAAAAUGCACAGACUCAAGAUGUGCAAAUAUUCCAGUUUAGAACAUAAAAACAAAUCUUUCAAAGACAAAAUAAUAGAACAGAAUGGGGCACUUGCAUAAUCAGAGCAAGAUCUCUCUAGCUAGGCCUAAGGUCCCUUCGAUUCUUAAGAGGUCUCUACCACAGCCUUUACCCAACUAAUAUUCUACUUUUUGGCUGGAGAGGUUUCCCAGCUUGCUCUGCUUUUAAGUGGGUACUCGCUCCUUCCAAGUGAAGAGUUCAUCCACUUUUUCCUCACUGCAGAAUCACUGAAAAAUGGGUUGGAAGCAGAGAACAGGCGUAUUGGGCAGUGUUUUGUUAGGUUAAAAUAGGUGGGUUACCUGAAUGGCAUCCAGGAUAGUACCCCAGCAUAGGGACAAGGGGAUGGAGUAGGACAGUUCUUUUACAAAUAAAAAUGUCUGAGGCGGCAGCAUGUAUCCAGUGGACGGAGCAUCAGGAGCCCCUGGAUUUCUAUUUCCAGUUCUGCCAGGCUGUGAAACUCUGGGAAAGUCACUUCGCUCCUUAGUGCCUGGUUCCCCACCCAUCCCAUCUGUUUAGACUAGAAACUCCUCAGGAUAGGGUCUGUCUCUCACUAUGUGUGCACGCAGCAUGGGCCCUUAAUCUCUGUUCAGUGAAUCGAGUGAGAGAAUUUGGUAUUCUCAUUCUAGCCAUUAGCGGAAGCUCCUCUGCAUUGCAAAGCCACCUAGUCAUUCAGCACAAGUGGCAGCAGCUCCUUGGAGGAAAAGGGGGCUGUCGGUCUGAUUUGAAGUGCAGCAGUAGUGCUGGGCGUGAGAACUUACACUGCGCAGUCCAGUCAGACUCAUUUUAGGAGCACCCAGUAUUUUCAGAAAUGUAAAUAACGCC